AUGCUGCCCGACCAGCCCGUGAGUGCCACCAUUAUUGAUAGUGGAUGGGCCGGCGUAGUGGGUUAUCUGUUUGUCAUCUGGCUGAUUCCAGCUUUAUCUGCUUACAGCGACCUGGACUUCCGCAGUCUCGGCCGGCUCGAUGCCGGCGCGGUGAUUGACGGACAAUGGUGGCGUACCGCAACGUCACUGACCCUGCACGCAGACAUCGCCCAUAUCGCGUCUAACUCACUGUUUGGCUGUGUUUUUGGCCUGUUUGUCGGACGCCACCUCGGCUCUGGACUGGGCUGGUUGCUGGUGUUGAUCUGCGGCAUAGCUGCGAACCUCUUGAAUGCUUUUGUCCAACCCGAUCAGUUUCUUGCCAUAGGCGCCUCAACUGCGACGUUUGCUGCGCUGGGCAUUGUUCCGGCGUUUGGCUGGCGCCGGGGCUUCUUCCGCGGCCGGGGAUUCAAACGUGGAUUCGCGCCGAUAUUCGGCGCUAUCGCCUUACUUGCAUUCACCGGCUUCGGCGCCGAGAACGUCGACGUGUUAGGCAUUGGCAUGGGAUUGGCGAUAGCGCAUAUCAAACUCGACAACAUCAGCCUGGCAGAUCAGCAGCGUGCUGGCGUUGUACCACCUAACUUGGCCAACAGCUCUUCCAUUCGCAUUCCCGUUGCCGACUUCUCGGCAAUGAGCUCUAAUCCAAAUGACUCCGCAACAGCCGGAGACUUCCUCGAAAUCUGGGACCACGCCUUUCGAGACUUCGGUUUUGUUUACCUGAUCAACCACGGUCUGGAGGACAAAUACCAGCGUCUUCACAAGGCACUCGAAACAUUUUUUGAUCUACCAGACAACGAAAAACUUAAGUUUCGAGUUGCUAGAGAAUACGGACAUGGUGGUUUUAUCCCGCAAGGUCAGGAGAGCGUGUCACGGUCCUACCUCGACAAGGAACACGCCAGACCGCCGGAUGCCGUCGAAAGCCUGGCGACGUCUAAUUCAGACUUUGCCACAUUCCCGUGUAAAGCAAACGGCUACCACACGGAUGAGUUAUCUGAGCUCUCAAUGGAAUUGAAAGACGGACUGGAUGAUCUGGCCAUCAGGGUCAUGGAGAUCAUGGCUAUGUGUCUUGAUUUACCACCGGCGUACUUUCUGAAUUAUUACCAGCAUGGGAAGGCUAAUAAUGAUCUGCGUGUCGCCAGAUACCUGCCGGUUACAGAGAGCCAGACCGGCAAACAAAUGCGCUACGGCGAGCAUACCGAUUACACGGGUUUCACCUUCCUGUGGCGAAGUGCAGAUAAUGGUCUGCAAUGCCUGCAUCCGGAUUCUAAAGGCAGCAAAUGGAUAGAUAUUCCCAACAAAACUGAACAUAAAGACGCACUCAUCGUGAAUGCGGGGGAUCUGAUUCAGCGCUGGACCAACGAUUACUGGAUCAGCAACGUCCACCGGGUGUUAGGACCUGUCAAAAAGCAAUACGAAGAAGAGAUCACGGCUGGGGAACAUUUGCGGCGCAAGAUCGCGUUUGAUAUCCCGCUGACCGUCGCCGUCUCCCGCUUCGGCUACUUCACCUUUGGCGUUUUUGCCGGUUACAUUCUGUCAUUCCAUAUUUUUGACUAUAUGCGACUGAAAACCGUUGUCGUCACCGGGUACCUGCUGGUCGCACUUUCAGUGGGCGGGCUCUAUUCUUUUCCAUCCACAACAGGCCUGGCUUUCUUUCUCUUCAGUAUUGGCCUGUUUAUGAGCGUGCAGGCUUGCGGGGCAAGCACUCUGGUCAGCUGGAUAUGGAGCGGCAAACAGCGUCAGACCUUUCUGAUUGCGCAGGAUGCCAUGUUCAAUGGGGGUGGCAUUGCCUUCACCGCGAUGACUACCUGGCUGCUUACAGCGCAAUAUCACUGGGCAUCGAUCUACUUGCUUGUCGCUUUGCUCACACUGCUGCUCUCAGGGAUUGCUGCAACAACAAAAAUUCAAGAGCCGACGGAUACCAAAGAAACAAGCGAUAUCCAAACCGAGUGGAAUAUCGGCAUCCUGGCAGUCGGCGUCAGCAUUCUCCUUUUCAUGACAGCCAAGAUUUCGAUUUUUAUCUGGGCGCCACAAUUUGUUGAGCAAACAUUUAAUGCAACCGUCGAGCAGUCAGGUCGCUUACUGACAAAUAUAUUCAUAGGUGCAUUCUGUGGGUCUCUGAUCGGGACUUAUGUCGUCUCCCGCAUAAAAAUUGAAUAUUUUCUGAUUGCCAUGUUGACCUUCGGGGGUGCCGGCUUAUCGAUCGCCCUGACCGUCACGGAACUGGAUUCAGUGCUUAUCGCCGGAUACCUCGUAGGUGGAUCAAUAGGCGCAACAUUCAACGCCUAUACGGCGUUCGGCUUAAAUUGCGUGCGCAUACCAACCCACAAGAAUGUCGCCUAUAUCCUCUUAGCCGGAGGCAUUGGAUCAGCAAUCGCACCCUGGUUCAGCAGCCAGAUAGUCAACACAAGUGGUGAUGUUCGGGACGCGCUGAUGGCGUGUCUGGCGAUUCAGGGUAUCGUUCUGUUCAGCGUCAUCCUACUGGCUGUCUAUAUCCGUCGGGUGAAUCAAAUAUCAACAGACUUGAUGAAAAUGCCAGGUCAAUGA